AUGGCUUCCGCAUCUACUUCCUUUUCACUAGCUCUCACACUCUUCAUUCUAGCAACAAUUGCAACUUCAACAGGAGUAGCAGCGAUAGGAUACAAAGCCCCACCAAAGUUGAUAUUCCGGCCGAGUUCUUGGUCUCAAGCUCAUGCCACUUUCUACGGUGAUGAAUCUGCUUCCGAAACCAUGGGGGGAGCAUGUGGUUAUGAGAACUUAUUCAACAAUGGAUAUGGUACUGCAACCGCCGCAUUGAGCUCAACGUUGUUCAAGAAAGGGUAUGCAUGUGGGACAUGUUACCAAAUACGUUGCACAGGAUCAAAGGCUUGUUUUAGAGGAUCUCCGAUUACUACUGUGACUGCUACAAAUCUUUGCCCUCCCAACUGGUCUAAAGACUCUAAUGAUGGUGGAUGGUGCAAUCCUCCUAGGGUUCACUUUGACAUGUCUAAACCUGCCUUUAUGAAUAUUGCUAACUGGAAGGCUGGCAUUGUCCCUAUUUUGUUCCGCAGGGUGCCAUGUAUGAAGAAGGGAGGGCUGAGGUUCUCAUUCCAAGGAAAUGGAUACUGGUUACUAGUUUAUGUGAUGAAUGUAGGUGGUGGUGGUGAUAUUGGGAGCAUGUGGGUGAAGGGCAGUAAAACAGGGUGGAUAAGCAUGAGCCAUAAUUGGGGAGCUUCAUACCAAGCAUUUGCCACUCUUUCAGGCCAAUCACUCUCCUUCAAACUCACCUCUUAUACCACUCGCCAAACCAUCAUAGCCAUCAAUGUUGCACCUACCAAUUGGCACGUUGGCUUCACCUAUCAUUCAUCUGUUAACUUCUCUUGA